CGGAGCCUAAGUGUAAACAUAACAUUUUCAAGUGGGAACGCGUAAAAAAAUUGGCGGCUUUGUAUUAAAAGAAUUAGGGUCUUAAAUAUAAUAUCAUCUAAUUUGAAGGUCUAAAUAUGCCGGAAGAAACUGAGCAAAAUUGUGAAAGUUUAAAACGUCGCAAUUUACCUUGGAUAGAGAAAUACCGGCCAAUGACAUUCGAAGAGAUUGUGGGAAAUGAAGACACAAUUGCACGUCUUUCUGUGUUUGCUACUCAAGGAAACGCUCCAAAUAUAAUUAUAGCGGGUCCACCUGGUGUAGGAAAAACGACCACCAUUCAAUGUCUAGCUCGUAUAUUGCUAGGCGACAGUUACAAAGAAGCUGUCCUUGAAUUAAAUGCGUCAAACGAACGUGGAAUAGAUGUAGUCCGUAACAAAAUAAAAAUGUUCGCACAAAAAAAAGUUACUUUGCCAAAGGGCAGGCAUAAAAUAGUUAUAUUGGACGAAGCGGACAGUAUGACUGAAGGAGCCCAGCAAGCCCUCCGCCGAACCAUGGAGAUUUAUAGUAAUACAACAAGAUUUGCGCUAGCAUGUAACACAAGUGAGAAAAUAAUUGAACCAAUUCAAUCCCGUUGUGCGAUGCUUCGUUUCACUAAGCUUUCAGAUGGUCAAGUACUUGCCAAGUUAAUUGAAUUGUGCCAACGUGAACAGUUGUCAUAUGAGGAAGACGGACUAGAAGCAAUCGUUUUUACUGCCCAAGGAGAUAUGAGGCAAGCGUUAAAUAAUUUGCAAUCCACUGCUCAAGGAUUCGGUACGAUUACUGGUGCUAAUGUAUUUAAGGUUUGUGACGAACCUCACCCUAUGCUUAUACAAGAUAUGCUGCAGCAUUGUACCCAAAAUGAUAUACACAAAGCCUAUAAAAUUCUAACCAAGUUGUGGCGGCUUGGCUAUGCCUCAGAAGAUAUAAUAGGAAAUAUAUUUAGGGUAUGCAAGCGUCUUAACGUGGAUGAAAAUAUAAAGCUUAAUUUUAUCAAAGAAAUUGGCGUCACUCAUAUGAAAGUUGUUGACGGUUUAAACUCUUUCCUCCAGCUCACGAGCCUUUUGGCUAAAUUGUGUGACAUUGCUGAAAAGUAAUAAACUGGCAUAAACAAAAUAUAAACUGGUUGUAAUUACAUUAAUAUAAUGUUACGUGUUAAAAUAUAACUUUUGAGUCGUUUAGAUAUUCAAGCACAAACAUAUUCAUAAGCUUCCAUAUUUCAAUAAUGGGAAAAGAAUGGAAAGGUACAAAAUUGAUUAUUUUAAUAUAGGGCGUUCUUCGAAAAAAUAAACUUGACAUCUUUGGCAAAAAUUGCAACUUCGAAAAAGCAUCACUGUCGUAGCUGAUACGCAAAAAUGCGCGAAGCUUGCAUCAUUUGAAAAUUAGUUGCACAAAAAUGUACACCAAAACCAACUGUGUUAGCUAAAAUGUCAUUGUAAGUUAUUUAUGUUAAAUAUAAUUGUAUAGCGUUA